AUGGAUUGCCACAUCGGGAUAUCACCAUGUCAGAAAUAUGAUGUAAAUUCGUUUCCUACCUUCCGUCUCUUGGAGCGCAAGAAAGAUGAUGAGAAGAUGGAAGAGACGCGAUACAGAGGUCCAAGAACUGUGAAGGCACUGAUGUCUUUUGUCAGAAAGCACGAGUUGCCAGUCUUGUCGAAACUCGGCCCUGAAGAUAAGGAUUUCCGGCGCAUCGAUGACGUCGUCUUCGUCGCCUUUCUGGACCCAUCAGAUACGGAAAAUCUCGAAACCUACCAAGCUGUCGCGCAGAAAAAUCAUCUAGACUUCGUGUUUGGCUAUUCGACUGAUUCAGCCAUUGCGGAGAAGGAAAGCGUGAAAGUUCCAUCAAUCAUGUGUUACCGGAACAACGACAAUGACAACUUAUCGCUCGAUGGACCAUUCACGCAGGAGAACAUCGAAGCCUUCCUCCUCACUGCCAGGAAAAGCGUCAUCAAAGACUUCAGCGAGAAAGAAUUGUCAACAUUCAUGCAGCGCGACAAACUCACCGUAUACAUCUUCACGCACACCACCGACACUGUGUCCAUCCGCCGCGAACUCACCCCAACUGCCAAGAAGUUGCAAAGCCACGUCACCUUCGCCGUCGUCGACUUGGCCCAAUAUCCUGACAUGCCAGCGAACUUCGGAACAGAGAUGGUUGGCGAGCAGGCAUUGGUCGUACAUGCGCCGAUGAAUGAUCAGAUCUUCAAGUAUGCGCAGGGCAAGAAGAUUGAAGGCGCCGCAAUCGAGGAUAUGUUGAUGACGAUUUUGCGGGGGAAGGCGAGUGCGGGACAGACGUUUGGAGACGCAGCGGAGGAUGAAGAUGGGCAUGAUGAGCUGUAA